AUGAAUAAAUCAACAGGUGGAUUAGAUUUAGGUCUGUCCUUGACUGGAUUAAGAAUUGGACCACGUGAUCCUACUACAAAAGCACCCAAAGUUGGUGUUAGAAACGAAAUAGUAAGACCAGAUCACACUCUUGGUUCAUUACAACCAAGAAUACUAAAAGUAUUUAAAUCUAAACAAGUUUAUUUCAAAUUAUAGGAUAGAACAGGUUUUUCAGGUGGUUUUAAGAUUCCUGAAGAUUUUAGAAAAAGUAAACAGAAAAAGAAGGGACUUGGAUUAGACCAUGAUUAAGAGGAAGAUCUCGAGGGAACUCAGCAGAGUUAAAUUACAAAGGAUGAGAUUUUUUAACAAUUAGCUCUUGGAAACUCAGAAUCUGGUAUUGGAAUCGGAAGACAUGGAACAAAUAGCAAAGCUGCUUUGGCAAAAGAUUUGGUAGAGGGAAUUGAAAAAGAUCUUGAAAAACUAAGAAGAUAAUAAGAAAAUUUGUAACUACGUAAAACACUUGCACUAAAUGGAGGAAUAUCAAUUGUCGAGGAAACCUAAGAAGAAAAAAAUAAAGAAAUUUAGGCAAGGAUGAAAUUUUAAUUAGAAGAUGUGGGUGCCCAUGUAAUUGAUGCUAGUCCUAAGAAAAUUCUCGCAAUGAGGCAUUAAGCAAGUCAACUAGCAAGCACUAAAAAUCUAGAUUUAGACGAGUUAGAGAGAAUGAGAAUGGAGAAUGAUAGAAGACUCAAAGAACUCGAACAAAUGUAUAUGAGUAAAAAAGAAAACUCUUAAGUUGGCAGAAUAAUGAGAGAAAGAAUGGGGUUUGGAAGUAGCAUAUAGUCUAAAUCACCAUCAAGAAAACAUGAUGAGGAUUUUGAUAGAUUAGAAACCGAUCAUUUUGAUGAUCGUGAAGGAAAAUUAUCAAGAUCACAAAAAAGAAAGAAGUCUGUAAGAAUUGCAGAUGGAGGAGAGAGAGAAGAAAAAGAAAACGACUUCUCUCAUAACAAUAGAUCUAAGGGAAAUAAGGUAGAUAUCUUAGCAGGAAUCCCAAAAUCAUCUUAGAGAGGAAAAACUGGUGGAUUACACAAUUCAGGUACUAAACCUAACAAAAGUCUUGGUGGUCAAUCUAGGUCUUAAUCUGCAAAGAGGAAGAAAUCUGAAUCGCCAGUUUUUUACGAUUCACCAAGAAGGAAACUAUAUGAGGCUAAAUUUGAAAAAUUCCUAGCAAAUAAAGAUCAAAAGCAUAAAUAAGAGAAAAAGUUAGAAAAGUUGGAGAAAGAGGAUUUCGAUAGGUAUACUAAAGGACCAGACUCCCCAGCUAAAUCGUCAAUGAGAUUCAUUAAAAAGACAGGAAUGCAUUCAUAUGAUGCAAAUACAUUGAUUCCAAAAGAUUAUGAUGAAGAGAUGCUUCUUUAAAGAUAAAUGGAAGAAGAGAGGAAGUAAUAAUCUUUGAGAAAAGAUAAAUUUCGAUCACUUGGUGUUUCAAAUGAAGAUAAAAUGACAUUUUUCUUGUUAAAGUGGAUAUUUAAUGCAAUAAAAAGAGAUUCAUCCAUUGAGGACCCAAAACUUAAAGGAAGAUCUUAUGUGACAAAGGUUGAUUUAACUAAAUAGUUAGGGAAAAAUGAAGAGUUGAUGAAAGCACUCGGAUAUUAAGAUUAAGACGAAGUCGCAUAAGCUAUAAAAGUAUCAGGAUCAGCUAAAGAUGGAUGCUUAGUAUGGGAUGAAUUUCUCGAUUUCUUCUUUUUGAGAUAAGCUUCAUUAUAACAAAGAAUUGAAGGUAAUGAUAACUGGUGGAGAAAGAUAGGAAACCCAGAAGCAAAUAAUCAUGAAACACUAGAAUCAGAGGAUCCAGCUGAAAUACAAAAAUCACUUUAGCAGAAAUAGCAAUCAGCAGGAGUACCUAGAUAUGGUGGAUCAAAUGAUAUUGGUGCUGUUGCAAAUUUUAAAUUUGAAGAUCCAGAUAAAAAACCUGUGAAAAUGACAGAAAGCCUUAAGAUCUUAUAAGAGACCAGAAUGAACAAAACUGCUCAUGAAGUUGAAGAUGAAUUUAAACAACUUUAAAUAAAAAAAGAAUAAGAAAAAAUGCUAUAAAUGGGCCACAAAAGUAUAUCAAAGAAACAAUAAAGUAAAAAAGCUCCACUCUAUGAAUAUGAUGCUGAUAUGAAUGAAGAUGAGUAAUUGGAGGAAUUAGGUAUUAAAAGAGAGAAGUCACAAUGUCUGCUGUUGUAAUCUCAGACAUUUAUUAUGCAAGAAAUAUUUGAAGCAAUGGAUAAGUAUAAAGAUAAAAUUCUAAGAAGAGCUGAAUACUUGAUGGCUUUAAGAACCGAUGAAAGAGUGGUAGAAUUCAUUGAUGUUGAUGCUGUUAAAGUGCCAUACUCUAACAAAAUUCUCACACUUGAUGAAGUUUUUUCAGAAAUUGAAAAGGAUGAAGUAUAUGAGUUAGCUCAAAUUGGAAAGAAUUCCAACCAAAUAAAUCAUAAAGAAUUUAUUACAUGGCGAGAAUUUAUGGGAUAUUUUAAUGACUAUAAAGAGAUUGAAGAAAGAAAUAGAAGAUAAAAAGAGAUAUAAAGGACAAGGCAAGCCAUGUAAAAAGAGAGAUAAAUUAACAAUGUUACAGAUGGCAGUGAUUAAGGAUUAGAAAUUCAAAGUCUACUGGAAAAGGAGAAACUUAGAAGGCUGUAAGAAUUGCCUAAACUAAGACCAGCAGAUUAAAUCGAUAUUACAGAGAAAUAGCUGUAAUUAUUAAAGGAUAUCUAUGAUCAAUUACCUAGAGCAUAAGUUGCAGGUGGCAAAGAUAUGAUAAACACCAUUGACUUUUUCAUUGCAACUAGGAAAAAUCCACAGCUAAGAGCAAUAGCUUCUGCGAUUGCUAGAGACCCUGAAGGAUAUUCUAGAAUUCCUAGAGAAACAUUCCAACAAGUAUUUGACAGAAUGGAAAAUGAGAUUUAAUCAAAACAGAUAGAUUGGUCAACUAUUGUAGAGUAUUUUACAAAAAGAGGUAGGCCUUUAACUAAAGAAGAAAUUAAUAAGCUUAUUGAUGAUGAUAAGCGGUCGAGAUAAGAAGAAGAAGAUCGCAAAAGAGCAGAAGAAGAGGCUGAAAGAAGGAGACUUGCCAGAUUAAUGGAAGAUCUAGAAGAUAAAGAAGAUUUUGAAGAAUUUGAGAUAAGGCAAAAGAGUGAAGAAGCUGCCAAGAAAUUGUAAGAAUAAAAAUUUGAAAGAGAUCUUGAGGAAUAUGAUGAUGAUGAGGAUUAAGAUCAUCGAGGAAGAAGAGGUCAUAGGUUCUUAGACAAUAGCAGAGAUGAGGGAGAAGACGAUGAAUAUGAUGAUGAAAUAGAGAGAGAUGAAAAUGACUAUGACGAUGAUGGUUAAUAUCCGAAUGGUUAUUCAUCUGAUCCAGAAUUUAGAACAGCAAAAAGAGAGUACAAAUUUGGAGGAGGUAAUGCUGGAAAUCAUUCAGAAAAAAGAAAAAGAGCUCAAUCUGCAAAAGGAGAUCGAUAAAAAUUUGAUGAAAAUAAUGUUAGGAGUGCUAAGUUGACUACUUAAGACUACAUAAAUCAUGACAGGUCACUAUCUAGGAAAAAGAAAGGGAAAUAUGGAGUAACUGUUCCAAAGCCAUUUGAGUUUGAUGUCAGAGAUAAGACAAAAAAGAAAUCAAUUAGAGAAAAAAAGGUUGAGGAAAUGAUAGCUGAGAAGAAAAUUAAAGAAGAAAAUAUCAUAAAGCACUAAUUUAGAAGUAAUCCUAUCCCACCUGAAGUACUUAUUCCUCGAUACAAAACGAUUAUGGAGUAGAAUGAACAUAGAAGAAUGGAAGUCAAAAAGAAUUCAUUGUAGAUACUUAAGGAGAGAGAAGCACCAUUCUCAUUCUAUGAAAGAGACAAAAAUAUGAAAAAGCCAGAUCAAGAAGAAUACCUACCUUAUGAUUUGAAGAAACCUGAUUUUAAAGCUAAUCCAAUUCCCAGAGCUUGCUCAGUACUGAUAUUUGACUAGAUGAUGAAAAGACAAGAAGAGGAAAGAUAAGAAAGAAUAAGGAAAUAAGCUGAGUUGAAUUUCAGCAAGGCCAAGUUGCCAGAUAGAAUGCAAAUGCAUCAAGAGAAGAUGAAAUAGGAGUCGUAGAACAAUGUCUAGAAGUCAUUAUAUGACUAACUAGGCUACUCCUUCAAGCCUAAGAUCAACGAACUCGUUACUAAAGAGUAAUUCGAGAAGGCUUAACAAAAAUUCAACCAGAAACUAAACAAAAAGAAAUCUUAGAUUUAGGUAACAAGACCAAGGAGUCCAAAUUUUACGAAGACAAGCUCAAAAGCACUUGAACGUGAGUAUCUGAAUGACUAGCCUCCAAAUGCAUAGAUGGAUAAGUUCAAGCAAGCCUUGCAUAAGAGCAUCGCCAAGCAAGCAACUCAAACUGACAAGGUAGUGGAGAACCCAUCAAGCACCAAUUCAAUGAAUUUGGCAAUGCAAAGACGCAGAGAAGAACUUGAAGCCAAGAGGAAAGCUGAAGAAGCGAAGAAAAAGGAAGAUGAGGAGAGAUUGCAUAGGCAGAAUAGGCUGAAAGGAACUGUGCAGGCUGCUUUGAAGGAUAGAGUGACUAAUGACAACGACAAGAUACAGGAGUUGAAAGAUAAAAGAGCUAAGGAAGCAAGAGAUCAAAAGAAGGAGGCGCAGUAAAAAGCAAGAGAACGUGAGGAGAAAAUCAGGGGAAUGCCGUUGUUGAUAGAUAGACUGCACAGUGGCAAGGGCAACUCGAAUCUGGCAAAGAUAAAAGCAACCAAGGAAUUCCUAGAGAUUCUGAAGAAGAAUGGAGUUGAUCCAAAAGAACAUUUGUCAGAAGAGCAGAAGGAUUUGUUGGCCGAAGAGGAGUAUAUGCAGAAAAUGAAAAAGGAACUGAAACCAAUUCUCCAGCAAGGUCAGUAAACUCUGCUCAAGAGCCAGCCAAAAAAGCUGCUUUUGCGAGACUUCAUUCACGACAGACUCUAUGCCUAGCCAGGAGGUUACUUCACAAAGGACGCCCAUCAGGUCGGAAGACUGAGAGAGGCAAUAAAGUUCUCUAAGUUGCGAGGAUAUUACGACUUCAGAAAGGAAAUGGAGCGUUUGUACCCAGAGAAUCAGUGGGUGACUCCGUGCGAGCUAUUCAAACCUUACUACGGCUACACAGUAGCUAACUACAUGCUGAACUAGCUAGAGGACAGAAAGCAGAGAACACUGAGGGUGGUGGAGAUAGGGCCAGGCACAGGAUCAAUGGCCGACUCAGUGCUCGACUUCUUCAAAAACUACAAUCUAGAUUUGUACAGAGAAUGCGAGUACAUAUUCGUUGAAAUUUCGCCUUAGCUAGCUGCUGAGUGCGAGAAACUCAUGAUGCAAAACCACAGAGAUCUCUGGAACAGAAAUCGUAUUAAGAUAUUCAAUGGGUCGAUACUUGAUUUUCAGCGUAAAAUUUCUCCAGGCAUUCUGUGUUUCGUGAUAGGCAUGGAAGUAUUGGACAACAUGCCUCACGAUCGCUUUUACACGAAUAAAGAAGGCACAAAACUAACCCAUCAGAUUCAAGUAAAUAUAGACUACGAUGAGACUGGCAAAGAGAUUCUGUCUGAUUAGCAAGUUGAGGUGUCCUAGGUAAAUGAUGAGUUGUCCAAGUUAUUUGUGGAGUUGUACCAGACUAUGCCCACUCGAGAUCAUAUCACUGCUUCAAAGAUCCUCAAACAAGAAGGACUGUUCAAGCGAAUUCAAGAGACAUUCAGAAUAGCUAGGCACAAGGAAUCUAUAACCAACAAUGUGUUUGCCCCUACUCAAGCUCUCCGCAUGAUCAAGCACAUCAAUCACUACAUCCCUGACCACUGCUUAAUGCUAGCAGACUUUGACUCCUUCCUUAUGCCAAGGAAAUCAAUUAACGGCACCAAUGCUCCACUCGUUACAAAUAAACUCAAAGACCCAACUCAAUGGGAGACAUAUGACACCUAUUUGAUACCUAGAGGCGAGGCUGAUAUAUGCUUCCCUGUUGAUUUCAACUUCCUCAAGCACGCCUAUUAAAAAAUAACUGGCCUUCAAGCUGAGAUAUACAAGACUUCUGAGUUCGUAGACCUCUUCGCUUUGCAAAGCUGGUGUACUACCUAAAAUAACUUCAACCCUAUGAAGGAAGAAUACUUCAACACGAGUUUUCUAGUUUCGAACAGAAGAAGCAGAUGA